AUGGAGUCCUGUGGCGUUUGGCAGCAGGCGCCCAGGAACAAAUCGUUAAGCCUGCUCCUGGUCAGCAAAAGGUUCUACGUCGAGGUACAGGAUAUCUUCAGACGUCUUCCAAAUAACUACCACGUCGAUAUCAUUGAAGAACUAUGGGUUCUGGCCUACGUGGUAUAUUGCAAAGCGACCGACAUCACGCUACAUCGACAAAGUAACAUCGAGUAUCCGCAUCUUGAGCCAACCGACGACCUCGACGAUCGUUUCAAAGACAGCUUGAGCUUCUCAGGUGGAGAUGCAGGACCCGGAGGCGCCGUUUGGGCCAUUUACGAACUGCUCGUAAGCUUGAUUCAGCAUGAACCUGGAUACCUCGGUCUCCAGAAUAACCAGCGCUUCGUCAUCAACGAAAUCGAGGUGAAUGUCGUCGCUCCAACAGACGGCGCCGCUCACACCAAGCUCUCUUGCAGGGAUAACGACUACCCCUGGUGGCUUCGCUGGAGUUGUAUCGAAUGCGCAAAGGACCUGGUACCUGAGGAGCGACUCGCCAACUUCAUGACUUCUCAUUUGGACGCCGUUUUCAGUGUAAGAGCUGAUACCAUGCCAUACUGUCAAGUAUUGUACGAUCACAUCAUAGAAAGUAUCACCUUUCAGCUCAACGGACAGGAGUGGCAGAAGAGGCGAAUAGACGAGUAUCUAGAGAAAUCCCAUCCCUCGACGUGGCCGCAAGAUUAUAGAAAUGGUUGGUGCCGCAAGACCUUGAAGACAAGACAACGGAUACGGAUGAUUCGUAGGAGACGAGAGAAGGUGAGGAAAGGUCUGGAGCUGGACGAUAAGCAACCCAAAUAG